UGUUGCUGUAUCAUACAACGCUAGUCGCUCUACCUCCGAGUAGAUCUGUUUUUACGAGGACCAGCCAAAAGAAAGAAGAAGAACACAAAAUUCUGUUUGGUACUUUCCGGUUGCAACCCGCUACCCGCCACCCGCCACUUUCUCUGAGCUCAAUUCCUAAAAGCCAUGGCCCUAAUCCCCGCACAAACCCUAACCCUAAAAUCCCCUCCUACCCUUUCUCCUCCUUCUCAUCCAUCUACCUUUCCCACUUCCCAAUCUCUCUGCCUCUCACCUCCCACUUCUCACUCUCUCUCCCUUUUUUCCACCCCUAAUUCAACACCACGGUUCAGCGCUAGACGACAUGUCGUCUCCAGAGCCACCGCGACCUCCGCCUCGGAUUUCAGCCCCGCCAUCGGUGAGAUCCUCGGCGACGUCAGAAUUUUCACCGCUGCUGGAGACUCCGUCCAGUUCAAGGACCUCUGGGACCAGAAUGAGGGGGUGGCUGUUGUUGCACUACUGAGGCACUUUGGAUGCCCUUGCUGUUGGGAACUUGCUUCAGCUCUAAAAGAAUCGAAAGAAAGAUUUGAAUCAGCUGGUGUGAAGCUAAUUGCUGUUGGUGUUGGUAGUCCUGAUAAAGCGCGUAUCCUUGCAGAACGGUUACCAUUUCCCAUGGAUUCCCUCUAUGCCGAUACUGAUCGUAAGGCGUAUGAUGUUUUGGGCUUAUACUAUGGAUUGGGUCGAACAUUCUUCAAUCCAGCUAGUGCAAAGGUGUUGUCAAGAUUUGAUGCUCUGCAGAAAGCUGUCAAAAACUAUACCAUUGAAGCCACUCCAGAUGAUAGAAGUAGUGUGUUACAACAGGUUUGAUUUAUUCUCUACAGGAGGGAUGUUUGUCUUCAAAGGUAAGCAGCUAUUGUAUGCUCGGAAAGACGAAGGGACAGGUGAUCAUGCUCCCUUGGAUGAUAUCUUAAAUGUUUGCUGCAAAGUUCCUGUCUCUUGAAACUGUAUCAUAUGGAUUCUUCAGUCAUGGGGCAUGAUAUUCAUAUUUGGCCCAAUCUUUCAUUAAUAUUUCAUGCAGCAGUUGUAGAAAAUUACAUACGGUCAAUACGUACAUAUAUUGAAUAUAUUGCAUUGUUUAGGUGGGAAUUCAUACAAUAUGAAGUAUAAUAGUAACGUGUUUUGUACACGUUUGAGCCAAUGAUAGAAGUACUUGAGUGUAAAA